UAUAUAUCGACUCACUUUUCCCUGCCUCCUACGCCUUUGGGCUCUUUUCUUUUAGUUUGCAAGAAAGCAGACUAUACUAGAGAGCCAUGGCAGCCGCUGCUGCGCUCGACCUGGGCAACAGCACCAAAAACACCCUGAAGCUUGAAAAUACUGAGAAGCGAGAUAAUCUCAUCGCUAUUGAGAAGAAAUAUCAGGCACAAUGGAAGGAAAACAAGGUUUUCGAGGUCGACGCUCCCACCCUUUCCGAGGUGCCCGCCGGUACUAUGUCCGCCGCGGAGCUUCGUGAGAAAUACCCCAAAUUUUUCGGAACUAUGGCCUACCCUUAUAUGAACGGUACUCUGCACGCAGGACACAGUUUCACUGCUAGUAAGGUCGAAUUCAUGGCUGCGGUCGCCCGUAUGGAGGGAAAGAAGGCCCUUUUCCCCCUUGGGUUCCACUGUACCGGUAUGCCUAUCAAGGCCUGUGCGGAUAAGCUUGCCGAUGAGGUGAAGAAGUUUGGUCAAAACUUCGAAGGUUACAAGGAAGAGAGCGAGGAAGAGACCACUUCAGUCGCCGCCUCUGCCCAGGAGGUCAAGGCUGAGCAGCAGGAAAAGUUCUCCGGGAAGAAGAGCAAGGCCGCCGCCAAAACUGUGAAGAUGAAGUACCAAUUCCAGAUUAUGUUGGCCAUUGGCCUUCCUAUCGAGGAAAUCCACAAGUUUGCCGAUGCUUCUCACUGGCUCCAACACUUCCCUCCUCUUGCGAUCCGCGAUCUUGAUAGCCUAGGCGCUGGAAUCGAUUGGCGCCGUCAAUUCGUCACCACUGAUGCGAACCCUUACUACGAUGCCUUUGUGCGCUGGCAAAUGAACCGUCUUCACGAACUUGGCAAGAUCCAGUACGGCAACCGAUAUACCGUCUACUCUCCCAAGGACGGCCAACCUUGUAUGGACCACGACCGAACUGAGGGUGAGGGCAUCGGGCCUCAAGAAUACACCGCUAUGAAGCUCAAGGUCAAAGAAUGGGCGCCAGAAAUUGCAGAGCUGGUGAAGGGUAAGAUUGAGGAUGACGCCAACGUGUAUUUUGUCCCCGCUACUCUUCGCCCUGAAACCAUGUACGGUCAAACCUGCUGCUUCCUGGGACCAAAGGUUGAGUACGGCAUCUUCAAGGUCAAAGAGAAGGAGUACUAUAUUUGCACCAAGAGGGGUGCUUGGAAUAUGGCCUUCCAGGGUACCUUUUUCGAUAGCGAGCACUUCCCUAAGACUCAGGACCAGCUCCCUACCGUUCUUACAGCUCCAGGUUCCGCAUUUAUCGGUACACUGGUCAACGCCCCCCUCUCCUUCCACACUGAGGGUGUGCGCAUUCUGCCUAUGGAGAGUGUUUCGGCUAGCAAGGGUACUGGUGUUGUCACUUCUGUGCCAUCGGACAGCCCUGACGACUACGCCACCCUAAUGGAUCUUGCCAAGAAAUCCGAAUACUACGGCAUCAAGAAGGAGUGGGCCGAACUUGAGAUUUUCCCUCUGAUCGAUACUCCCACAUAUGGUAACCUCACUGCUCCUGCACUGGUGAAGCAGCUCAAGAUCAACUCGCCUAAGGAUGUUAACCAGCUCGCCCAGGCUAAGGAGCUGGCAUACGGUGAGGCUUUCUACAAGGGUACUAUGCUUGUCGGAGAGUUCAAGGGCGAGCCCGUGAGCGCUGCUAAGGAUAAGAUCCGCAAGGCCUUGUACGAGAGCGGCGAUGCCUUCGCCUUCGCUGACCCCAUGGGCAAGGUUGUCAGCCGAAGUGGCGACGACUGUGUUGUUGCCUACCUCGGUCAGUGGUUCUUGAACUAUGGUGAGAACGACGCCAAAUGGCAGCAGGAUACCUUGAACCACGUUGUUAACAACCUUAACACUUACGCCAACGAGACCAAGCAUGGUUUCGAAAAGAACCUGAGCUGGCUUAACCGCUGGGCCUGUGCCAGAACCUACGGUUUAGGUUCCAAGCUCCCAUGGGACCCUCAGUUCCUAGUUGAGAGUUUGAGCGACAGCACCGUCUACAUGGCCUACUACACGAUUGCUCACUUGCUGCACGGCGACCGCUAUGGUAAGACCACAGGCUCUCUCAACAUCACGGCAGAGCAGAUGAUCGACGAAGUAUGGGACUACGUGUUCACCAGACGUGAGAUCAGCGAUGACCUCGUCACAAAGAGCGGGAUCAGUAAGGAAGCUCUCCAGGCCAUGCGAAGAGAGUUUGAAUAUUGGUACCCCUUAGACGUCAGAGUUUCCGGAAAGGAUCUCAUUCCAAACCAUUUGACCUUCUUCAUUUACAUCCACGUUGCCCUCUUCCCACCAGAGUACUGGCCCCGCGGUGUUCGUGCCAACGGACACUUGCUUCUGAACGGUGAGAAGAUGAGCAAGAGUACUGGUAACUUCUUGACUCUCAAGGAUGCGGUUGAGAAAUUCGGUGCCGAUGCCACCCGAAUUGCUUUUGCCGAUGCCGGUGAUGGAAUCGAAGAUGCCAAUUUCGAGGAGACCGUUGCCAACAGCAACAUUCUGCGUCUGUUCACUCUCAAGGAGUGGAUUGAGGAUGUUGUUAACGAUGAUACCCUCCGCACUGGACCUGCAGAUCUGUUCUGGGAUAAGGUUUUUGACAACGAACUGAACAUUCUGGUUCGUGAAGCUAAGAAGAACUACCAAGAUACCAACUUCAAGCUUGCUCUGAAGUCUAGCUUGUACGACUUGACCAGCGCUCGUGAUACCUACCGCGAGGCUGCUACAUCUGCUGGUGUUGGCAUGCACCGUGAUAUGGUCCAGAGAUAUAUUGAACUGCAAGCGCUUAUGAUGUCGCCAAUUGCUCCUCACUGGUCUGAAUACAUUUGGCUUGAAAUCCUGAAGAAGCCCGAAACCAUCCAUCGUGCGCAAUUCCCUGAUGUCCCCGAACCUGCUGCAGAGCUGUCCGCUGCCGCGAACUACGUCCGUACAACCUCCUCCAGCAUUCUUUCUGCGGAGGCCUCUUAUGUCAAGAAGCUCUCUAAGGGUAAGGCGUCCGCUUUCGACCCCCGCAAGCCCAAGAAGAUCACCAUCUUCGCUGCCAAGAAGUUCCCCUCCUGGCAAGAGAAGUAUAUCGACCUGGUCCGGGAAGCCUUCGAUGCCAUUAGCCUGUCAAUCAACGACAAGGAUCUGAACGCCAAGGUUGGCAAGCUCGGUGAAAUGAAGAAGGCCAUGCCCUUCGUUCAGGGCCUGAAGAAGCGCCUGGUCCAGGGCAAGGAAGCUCCCGAGAUCGUCUUCGACCGCAAGCUGCCCUUCGAUGAGUUUGCCGUCCUCAAGGAGAUGACCGUCAACCUGAAGAAGACUACAGGAUGCAAGGAGCUCGAGGUUAUUGCCGUAGAUGAGGGUGGUAAGACCGGUGAGGUUCUAGGCUCUGGAGAGAAGAGAGAGGGUCUCCAGGCCGAAAAUGCUGUUCCAGGUCAACCUACCUUUAUUUUCGUUAAUGUUGAGUAAAUGGGGAGAGGAGUAAUUUUUUUUUUCUCUCUCUCCCAUGCAUUUCUACUCUAGAUAUACAUACACAUCAGAUCUAAAAAUUUAAAAAAAAAUAAAGGCAAGAAGAAGACCCACAAUGAUACGAGUUAUGUUC